AUGGCGAUGCCAGGUUUGAUGCCAGUUGCGCUCUGCAUCUCUGAAGAAGAGCUUGUUGCCAUCGUUGAAGAAGAGGAGGAGCUGAAGACAAUGAAGGACCACAUCGACCUUGACUCAUCACAAGCGAAGCAGCAAAAAGCACGUGACUUCAAGGACCUCGCGGGAAGCUUCUUCUCCGCGGCUUCGGUUUUCAGCAAGAAAUUGCAGAAGUGGCGGCAGAAGCAGAAAGCGAAGAAGCGGAGGAACGAUGCUCUUCCGGUGGAGAAGCCGAUCGGGCGACAGUUCCAGGACACGCAGUCGGAGAUCACCGACUACGGCUUCGGGCGGCGGUCUUGCGACACCGAUCCAAGGUUCUCACUGGACGCAAGGCGGUUCUCCCUAGACGCGGGGCAGUUCUCGCUUGACGCCAGGAGGAUGUCGUUCGACGACCCUCGGUACUCGCUGGAGGAGCCACGGGCGUCGUGGGACGAUUAUUUGCUCGGACAGAGCAAUUUUCCGAGGAUGCCGACGAUGCUGUCAGUGGUGGAAGACGCGCUGGUGCAACAUGUGAUGAGGACUGAUAUGCAGAUUCCUGUGGAGGAGGAGCCGGUGAAUGACGAUGAGAGCGUUCCUGGUGGGAAUGCACAGACUAAAGAAUACUACUCUGAUUCGAGUUCUAGGAGGAGGAAGAGUCUUGAUAGGUCUAAUUCGAUUAGGAAGAGUGUUAGUUUGGAGGUGGAUGAGUUGACUAACAAUGGAAGCGGUGGUGCGAAUGGGAAUGGGAAUGGGAAUUUGAAUGUGAAUGUGAAUGCAAAUGCUAAGAUGGCUCCUUCUGGAGUGGAUUAUGUGCAGGGUGUGAGAAUGGGGUUUAAUGAAAGGGAAUUCGGGUCGAAUUCAAUGCGGGAAUAA